AUGGAAGAUGAAGAUGUGGAUGCCUACUUUGCAAAGCAUGACAUCCAGAGUGUCGUUAGCGACAUCCUGUACGAGCUGGGCUAUCAUCGCCCUGAGAGCUUGGGGCCCUUCCUGGCCAACUACGUGGAGCGCCGCUUCGGGGAAGGUCCCACCAAGCGACGCACCACCUCGAGCAUGUGUUCGGCGCCGGGCGGCUGCGAUGCAGUGCUGGUGGAGUCCAAGGGGAAACAUCCCACCACAGAGGAGCAAGCAGCUGGGCAGAUACUUCUAGAGCUGAGACGGCUCCGGAAGAAGUACCACACCUUCAGUGCCCAGUUGGCGCCCGAGAAUGGGCGCGGCACGGCCUCCUUCUCGGCAAUCGCGUGGAAGGAGUUUGAGAUCGACUACCAGCGGCUCCUGCAGCUGCUGGGCAGCUCGAUCCUUUGGAGCUUUUGCAGGCGGCGGCUGGCGGCAUCUCGUGGUCUUUUCGAAGCUCACCGAGCCUUGAAUGAAGAGCAGGAGGAGCAGGAGGCGGGCCAUGGCUUCGUGCGUGUGGACAACUGUCUCCAGCUCGCCCGGGCAUUGCCUCCGGGGAGGCUGAUGGACAUCUUCCAGUCCAAGCUGAGUGACAGUGACAAGGACUCUGAGGAAGGGAUCCUCAAGUCUCUGGUUGAAGGCCAUGGGCCUUUCGGCCCAGAGGAGAUCACCGCCGAUGCGGAUGAGCCGGCGCCGGGCAUGCAGACUCUGAAGGGCCUCUUCUCAGGUACGGCCAACCAGGUUCAUGGAUCCUACUUGCGGGAGAUCGCCGCCGCGGCCGUGCGGCGCCUGGAGCGCUCCAGCGCGGCCGGGGGCGGCGCCACCUGGGCAGAGCUCCGGCUGCCGUUGCACGCGGAGGGCGACGCCUGGGUGGACUUGGCGCGGUGGAGCACGGAUUUGCCAUCCAGUAGCCGUACUGCUUGGGUGGUCCAAUUGCCAGUGACCAGCUAUGCCGCUCUCAAGGGGCGCCGUGCCAUUUUGGACUAUGGAGAGCUCUUGGACAAUGCCUUUGGGCCUCUAGUGAAAUUGGCGAUGGAAGAGCCUCAUGGAGAGGCCUGGGCGCGUCUCAAGGAGCUGCUGAGCCGCGUGGUGGGCUUCGAAGUCUCAGCGUGCCUGGCGGUGACAGAGCCUUUGAACGGUGAGGGCCGUGAGCCCAGCGAGUGGGCCGAAGCCCACAGUCCGCCCCUGGCGUAUCAGCUCUACCACGUCUGGGCCAGGCUGAAAGGCUUGAAUUGCGCUCGUUCGCGGACAAACCAGAAGGCCUUGGAGCUGCGAGCGGCUGCUUCUUCUCCAGACGCAUUGGCCUGCGCUUACAUGUUGGGCGCCUCUGUGGUCUCGGGGUGUGGCACGCUGAGCUCCCAUGCACCGCUACAGUAUCUCUUCAUGUUGGACCGGAUCGGUGUUGCCGUAUCCCAAUGCUCCAAAAGAUCCCUGGCGUCGGCCGGCGAGGCUAGCACAGCCCUACAGAAGCUCUUCAUGAACGGCUUAAGGGUGGCGCUUUGCACAGAGGACCCCGCGGUGUCGCACUGGAGCGAUGACCCACUGGGGCAGGAGUAUGGCCUUGGUCACUCCGCUGGCUUUUCGAAGGCGGACCUCUCAGAGCUGGCGCGAAACUCCCGAUCCAUUUCCAACUUCGAAGCCUUGCAGAGCCAAGAAGAUGAGGCGGAGUCUGAGUCUGCGGAAGUGGGCCUCGGCACCCAGGGUCUACGGGUGCGAUACCGGCAUGCGCGCCGGCAAGAGGAGCAUUUGGGUAUGGAACGGCUGCUCUCAUGCAAUGCUGGUAUGCGAGAAAGGGCUGCUGGCGCUCUGCUUGGCUGCUACCGCGAGUUGCGCGGUAGGCUCUGGUCUGCAGGGCCUUUGGAGGAGGAGAUCGAGAUCCUGCUCGGUCGGUGGCAAGAGAAGUCAGAAGGUGAUGCUUCGUAUCCCUUGAGGACCUACUUCGACAAGCUGAAGCUUUGGUACCGGAUCGCCAAUGUGGAGGAUGAAGCCAUCGGUCCACUGGUGGCUGGACGACUCUAUGGUCGAGCAUCCACGAUCGCCAUGUCUUUGAGAGUGCCAAGGCCAGACGGCACCUUCGAUGUUGGCGAUGCAGCGCUGGUUCGACUAGCUGUGGAUGAAGUCCGCGACCCAGCGACCAAUGUGAUCAUCCAGAACCACAUUCCCUCAGGAGUGCAAUUCUUGGCCAAUGCACUCCGCACAGCAUUCGGUCAGCAAGACCAAGAUCUGGCGACACAAGCCCUGGACAAGUUCUUUGGCCUUGCAAGAGGGAAGCUCAGCCUGUCUGAAUACAGCGUGGAGUUCGACAGCCGGUAUGAUGAUGCUCAUGACAGAGCUGGACUGCAGUUGAACGAUGUCGGCAAGUUCUUCCUAUGGUUCAAGAACUCUGGCUUGCCAUCCAAGACGGUUGAUGACAUCAAACUGCAGGUUGCUGGCGACUACACUCGCUUCAACGACGCUCGAGCUCUGGCAUUGCGCAUCAACCCUAAUCGGCGAGAACCUGAUGACGCCCAGAUCCUCUAUGAAGAGAAUGAUGAGUCCUAUGGCGACUACGACGCCUACUACCAGGACUGGGGCGAUGACUAUGAGGCCGAGGAUUCAUGGUGGUAUGGCUAUGAAGAGGCCGAUGAAGGUGAAUGGGUCUAUGAGGAGUACGCCAACGACGAGAACUACUAUGAGAACCAUGAUGCCAGCGAUGAGUCAUGGCAAGAGGUGGACCUUGAGGCUGGCAUGACAUCUGGUUCAGCAAGCGACUCCAAUGUCUCGGGCGAGUACAACGAAGCCUACUACAAAGGAAAAGGCAAUGGCAGUGAUGAUGGCUGCUUCAAUUGUGGCAGCAAGUUCCACCGAGUUCGAGAUUGUCCACUUGGCAAGGGCAAGAACAAGAAGGGCAGCCACAACUACAAAGGAAAAGGAAAGUCAAAAGGCUUCUGGAGAUGGCGACCAAACUUCAAAGGAAAGAGCAAAGGCAAGAGCAAGUAUCCUUGGAGAAGCAAAGGCAAAGGAAGAGGAAAAGGCUUUGGUCGAAAAGGCGACUACUACGCCUACCAGGAGGAGGACAACUACAAGCCUCGUGGUGGUCUGUCGAUCAGCGAAGGCAUUCCUGAUGCCUCAACUCCGCAAGAAGUUGCCACAAGCUCCAAGGAGGUCAAGACGACCAAGAAGGCCGAGAGCUUCGUGAUCCAUACGUCAUCCGAGGAUGAGGACUUCAAGAAGCCAACUGAGGGAUAUUCAGGUCAGCCUGAGUAUACUACGAAGGAUCACUAUGACAAGAAGCUCAAGAUGAACUUCAUGGUCUUCAACAUGAAGAAAGAAGAGACACAGAUGAGCUACCAUACCAUCCAUGGGCAAGAACGCUAUGGUUUGCUCAUCGAUCCCGGAGCUGCAUCCGGGCUGGUUGGAAACAGCGAGUCAACUCUCGGAGAGGUCACGUUGACCAUGGCGACCGCAGGACAACCCAUCACCUACACGGCGGAGGUCAUUGGUGGAGCUGGAAGCCUAUGCCCAGCACUGGUUGGCAACCCGACUCUUCGUCGAUUGGGUGCAUCAAUCUUGACAGAUUGGUUUGAGAAUGGUGAUGGCAUGCUUGUUCUGAACACCAAGGACGCCAUGGAUGCAGAGGUCAACCACGUGAAGUUCUUCAGGAUCCUGCUCACAGAUUCUGGACACUACAUCCUGCCUUGUGACAACGUUCAGAACGAGAAGGUUCCAAGAGCUUCGAAGCACGAGGCCAUCGCUUUCUUCCAGAAGAUCACCGAGAUCACUUCGAAAGUUUGGCCUGACGUGCAACCACGGGUCAGACACUGCUUCCAUUCCCAGACGGCGGCAGAGGAUGACCGGUGUGAUUACAAUCGCGAACAUGGACGAGACAAAGGCCCAAUGAAGAGGCAAGAUCAUGAUGUUGGUUGUGAUCAUUUGGCUUGCGAGAAUGGAGAAGAAGAUGAACUACGGAAUCCUGUUCCUUCCAGGAAGAUUCACUUCAUCGAUGAGGAACAGCAGAAGAAGUCCGAGGAACCCUACGACCUCAUGAACAGCGAGAAGAACAAGAGCCUAUCACCAAUUGCAGAAGAGCGUGACUCCGAGGACGAAGUUUCACCAUCAGCCAUUUUGGCAGAGCAGUGCAUGAAGAACGACAAGAGCAAAGAGCCUGCGAAGAAUUCAAACCACUUGAUCAACGAGCACCCUGCCGGACCUGCCAUUUUGGCCCCGGCAAUUCAUGAUGAACAAGGCCUACGUGAGGCAAGCUAUGAUGAAGAGAAGAACGUCUUUCUCAGCUACACUGGCGACAUGAUCCCCGAGACGGCAGAUCAAUCGCGGCAUCUACGAAAGAUCCUGAUGAGAAGAUGUGUGAACGUCUACAAGAUAGACCAGCUCUACAACUAUGUCAAGAUCUUUCUGCACGACAAGAUGCCAAUGGCCGCCGAGGCGGAGCUCUAUGAGGGAGUGGAGAUCAAGAACCUCACCAGCAAAGCGCUCUCCGUGCCAACUACACACAUGCUCAAGAAGCUCCUCCUCGAAACCAUCAAUGCCACUAUGGGUGUCUUCAAUGAAGCAGCAAGAAGAAAGAUCGACUAUGUUCACUGGCUGGACAAUCCUAUGCUCAUGAGCCUCUUCAAGGAGUUCUUCAAGGACUUGAUUCAAGUCAAAGGAGUGAAGAUUGAACUCCGACCUUUCCAUCUUGCAUCAGCAGAGCCUAAGCUUCCAUUGACAUCAUCAUACCUACGGAUGCAAGUGAGAGGCAAUGUGAAAGCAUGGGACAUUCACCCUCCAGAAAAUUUGCGAGAGAUGAGCUUCAGCCAGAUCAACGCAGCACUCGACGAGGAUGACUGGGCAAUCACCAUCUAUGGAGUGGAGCACGAUAUGGAGACCCAGCUGAACGAGAUCCAACUCAGAUUGAAGUUGAUGAGAUUUGUCGAAAGCCUCACAGAAUACAAGACGAACAUCUAUGGUUGGCUGAAGAGAAAUGGCAAGUGGCGAUUCUUCCCUCGUGAGGAUGAUCACGCAACGAAGAUCAUGUUGUGGGUGCAGCACAUCUACAAAGGUUUGAGCAAGCAUCAAGUCCAUGGAGCUCUACUUGGACGAAGCUUGCGGAACAUCAAGCCUCCAUCGAACACAGUUGGUCAUCUCAUCUCAUGGAUUCAUGGAGGACAAGGCUACGCCGUGCAAGAGCACUUCUCCGACGGAUUCCUGAAGAUGAAGAGGGUUUCCAAUUACUCUCGUAAAGAGAUGUGCACCAUCUACUUGUUCCACUAUCAUCCUGAUCCUGUGGAAGAGCCAGCAAGCCAGUCGACCAUCAACAAGGAUGACGACAAGAUGGACGUCAACGUUCCCGAUGACAGAGACGGCUACAUGAUCAGCCAGCAGGAGUUUUCAGAAAAGAUUACACCUGCACCUGUCCCUGCAAGAGAAGAUGAUUCCAGAUUGACACCAGCAGAAGUCUCAGAUCUGCGAUCCAUCCUAGGAGCACUUCUUAGGGUGACAGCGACACGGCUGGACGUGAUUGCGGAUGUUUCAGCACUACAAUCACGAGUGACAGUAGCAGAAAUCAAGGAUUUGAAGCAGGCAAACAAUGUGCUCAUGAAGGUGAAGGAGUUUGCAGAUGUUGGUUUGCACUACCGCUACUUCAGGACAAAGCAUCGACGACUAGUUUGCUUCCAUGAUGCUUCGGCAGCCAGCAAGGGCCGGAACUAUGCCCAGGAAGGUGUAGUCAUUGCUUUGGCCGAUGACGAAUGGCGGAACAUCACGAUUGACUUUGAGCACACCUGCGAGACUGAGGAGCACGAACUCAUGCAUGGAGGAGUAAUGCAUGUUUUGCAUUCACAUGGAGCAAAAGCCAAGAGGGUGAGCUACAGCACAUCACAUGGUGAGACACUAGCCAUGGUGAACGCCUUGGAAUCUGCAACCUUGUGUAUGAUCAGGCUCAGCGAGAUGCUCCAUCCUCAACAUCCUCCAUCGUUGAAGGACCUCAUCAAGAUCCAGACGGCUGGGAAUCCAGAGAUGCCUUUGGACAUGUAUGGAGAUGCUCGAGAUGUCUAUGAGCUCAUCACAGGUUUAAUCAGACUGCAUGGAGUGGAGAAGCACCCAAUUGUGACAAGGGUUCUUCCGACCAUCGACUUUGACGAGCACGACCUUAUGCUGAAGGACGAGGAGAUGAUCCUGAAGGCAGAGAAGGAUGAGAGCAUGGUGCGAACGACACAUGCUUCAGUGCUUGUGGGACUGGCAGCGUUUGCCACUUCCAAGAAGAUGCUGGCGGCAAUGAUGCCGACUUUAGCAUUUGGGACUUUGGUGGAUGCGCAAUCCACUGAACCGGAGAAUCAAGAGCAGAAAAGCUACUUCUCCGUGUACCUCAUGAUUUUCAUCACGGUGAUUCUGGCGGUGAUGCUUGAGAGAAUGGUGACAAGUUGGAUGAGCAAGAAGAGAAGAAUCCAACAUGUGAAGAUCGAGUCCGACGACGACGAUGACAUGGAUGUCGAUCAAGAAGGAGAUCAACCAUCAUCCUCAGGAGCAUCCUUCCAACGGAAGAGGAAAGCAAGUCCUCGAGACACAUGGGAAGAUCUUGCACGAAAGGUCAUUGACGAGAAGGAGACGCUGAAGCGAAAGAACAAGAAGAGCGAAGAAGAUGCACACCUACAGCAACAGGAGAUCGACAGCCUCAAGUUUGACAACAAAUGGUGGAAAGAUAAGUAUGAGAAGCUUGAGGAGAAGUACGAUGACAAGGACUUCGAGCUGAAGAACCUCAAGAAUGACAUGACAGCGGUCAAUGCAAGGAAAAUGGUGCUCGAAUCUACGGUCAGCGACAUGAGAGCUGGACUAGUGAAGCUUGAAGAUGAGAAUGCCGAAUUGAAGAUGAAGCUGGACAGAAAGACAGCAGCAUCAUCAGAGAGACCAGCACCGCUGACACCAAGGAUCACUGACAAUGCCGAGAUGGCCGGCGAGAUCGAGAAGCUGCAGAAGAUGGUCAAGUUCAAGGACCAGGAGAUCAUGAGACACCUGGCUCGAAUCAAGAGCUUGGAGAUGCCAGAAACCAUCUUCAUCACGAAGACUGGCAGGAAGUUCCAUCGAGAAGGAUGUCCACAUCUGAGAGAAGGAACCGAGUGCCCCCACGACAUCGACAUUGCCCACUGGGAGCAGGUAGAUCGCGCUCUCACGGUCCUCGCCGAUGUCACCCUGGCAGGUCACAAGCAGGAGUGUCAAGCAUUGGCAUCGGAACUGCGAUGCCACAUGCUGUCGCUGGCGCAGAAUGACAGGCUUUGGCAACUGCAUCUGGGACGCGCGGAGCAGGAGGCUGAGAGUUGCCGUGCAGAGUCCGUGAACCUGACCCACCAGUUAGACCAGGUGCUCGGCGACCUGAAUGCGGCCCUCGCAGAAAGAGAGUCCAUCGCUGGUGAGUUGGAGACUGUGACCAACGAGCUCAGUCAACAUCAGGAGGCCAGGCUGCUGAUGGAGAGGGAGUUUGAGGAGCUCUCAGCAGAGGAAGACGAGCUGGCCAAGCAGGUUCAGGAAUCCAAUGUGCAUGCACUGCAUGCAGAUGAGAGAUCACAAAAGGGCAAAGGCCUUUUUGUGCAAGCCGCGCGCACAGCAGAGACACAUCAGAGGGCUCAUCGUCAGCCGCUCACCGUGUCUGCGAGUCGAACCAUGGCAGCAGCCCUCAGGGCCUCUGAGCCAGGCACAUGUGCACCGAAGCCUGCCGCCUGCACGCCUGACCUUGACCCAUGUGGUUUAAGAGCUCAGGAGCCUGGAUGGUGUGAGCCAGAACAUGUGAAGGAAGAUCCCGCAAAAGCAACCCCGGAGCAUUCAGAGGCUGACGUCAGUACGGACGAGGUGAAGCCUAGAUCGGUAGAGACGCCGCCGCAAGCAAUUGGAUGGAAUGAGGUGCAGAAGGAACCUGCAGAAGCAAGAUCAGAGGGUGUACAGGUCUUUUACAACCAGACUGAUAUCAACCUGGACGCUGUUGAGACCACCUUUGCAGAGACGACGCCGCAGGAAGAGCUUGGAGAAGGAACGCCUACACAAGUAGAGGCCGAUGACACGGAGAAGUUGGGAAGCUGGUUUGAAGAGAGCACAUCCAAGGAGGAACCUGCAGAAGCAAGAUCAGAGGGUGUACAGGCUGAUAUCAACCUGGACGCUGUUGAGACCACCUCUGCAGAGACGACGCCGCAGGAAGAGCUUGGAGAAGGAACCCCUACACAAGUAGAGGCCGAUGACACGGAGAAGGUGGGAAGCUGGUUUGAAGAGAGCACAUCCAAGGAGGAACCUGCAGAAGCAAGAUCAGAGGGUGUACAGGCUGAUAUCAACCUGGACGCUGUUGAGACCACCUCUGCAGAGACGAUGCCGCAGGAAGAGCUUGGAGAAGGAACCCCUACACAAGUAGAGGCCGAUGACACGGAGAAGGUGGGAAGCUGGUUUGAAGAGAGCACAUCCAAGGAGGAACCUGCAGAAGCAAGAUCAGAGGGUGUACAGGCUGAUAUCAACCUGGACGCUGUUGAGACCACCUCUGCAGAGACGACGCCGCAGGAAGAGCUUGGAGAAGGAACGCCUACACAAGUAGAGGCCGAUGACACGGAGAAGGUGAGAAGCUGGUUUGAAGAGAGCACAUCCAAGGAGGAACCUGCAGAAGCAAGAUCAGAGGGUGUACAGGCCGAUAUCAACCUGGACGCUGUUGAGACCACCUCUGCAGAGACGACGCCGCAGGAAGAGCUUGGAGAAGGAACGCCUACACAAGUAGAGGCCGAUGACACGGAGAAGGCUGAUGUGGGCAAUGUUGAGACCAGAUCUGUCGAGACACCACAGGACGCUCAUCCGCCAAAGCCCGGACUGAUGGAGGUGCAGCCUCAAAGCAACGCCUUAGCAGCGGCAGAAGCAGCCCUGGCUGCCGCUGCAGCAGCGCGGCAGGCGAGUGUCCAGCAGCUCCGCAAGGAGGAGCCGGGAGGGACGGCGCAGAGCCGCGCAGCGGGAGACCGCGGCCGGGAUCAGUAUGUCCUGGGGAAGGCCAUCGGCACUGGAGCGUUCUGUACUGUACACUUGGCAACGUGCAAGAAGACUCAAGAGAGCUCUGCGGUGAAGAUCUUUGUGCGACAAGCUGAUGAUGAUGGGCCGCAGGUGGCCUUCCACAACGAAAAGCGGAUGCUCCAGCUGGUGAGUCACCCGAAUGUCAUCAGCUUGAUAGAUGCCUUCGAAGAUGCUCGAGGCUAUCAGCUUGUGGUGGAAUUCUGCAGCGGUGGCGAGCUCUUUGACAAGGUCAUUGAUGAUGGAAACCUCACGGAGAAGCAAGCUGCAAUGCUGAUGAGGCAGAUCUGCUCACCAUUGGCUUACAUGCACAAACAACACGUGUGCCACAGGGACCUGAAGCCGGAGCACUUCUUGCUGGGUCGAGAGGGGCCGUUGAAUGUGGUGCCCUUGAAGCUCAUCGAUUUUGGUCUCGCCACCAGCUUCCAGCCGGGCCAACGGCUGAAGGAUUGCCCAGGGACCAUCAUGUACGUGGCACCGGAAAUUCUCACUCAGAAUUAUCAGCCGCCCGCGUGCGAUCUCUGGAGUUUCGGCGUCGUGGUGUUUCUGAUUCUGAGUGGCCUCAGCCCCUUUGAUGCUGAGACCGCCAAGCAGGUGGCCAAGAACGUGCGGAAGGUCAACUAUUCCUUCAGUGCAUCGAGCUGGCAAGAAGUCUCUGAAGAUGGGCUUGACUUCAUCCGGAAACUUCUUCAGAAGGACGUCGAAGUUCGACUCACUGCUGCUGAUGCCCUAGAGCAUCCGUGGUUGAGAGAGAUGGCGCCCAACAGCUCCGGAAAACCAUUGCCGGUGAUGAAAGAGUUGGAAGACUGGGUCAAGGACAACCGACAAUCUCGAGCGCUCUUCCUACAUCAGCAGAAGCACUGA